AUGCUAGAAUCGAUAGCCAAAUUUUCCAACGAUGCAGUCGGGCUUGAGAAGACACUGAAAUUCUCCCAAUUCUCGUCCCAUGUCAUUGCCGCACUCUCGACAACGAGCGUGGAAGCCACAAGAUGGAAUGCGACCAAAGGCCACAUCAACACAGCUCGACGAUUCUUUCGUCUGUUUAAAUGGAUAGACUGUUUCAACGCCGCACAGGCUCAAUUCUCUGCUCCUGCGCCAACUCCCAAGAUCAAGCCAACCGCGAGCACUUCUGAGAAGCCCGAGAAGGCGGUCGUGACUCCUGCCCCAUUUGAGUCGAGUAACAUCAAAAUACUGCUCACGGUUUCGAAGCUCUCGUUACUGGGACUAUAUCUCUUCAUGGAGAUGUUUGUGAUAACCGACGUCAUCGGAUUGACAACGUACUCCUGGUCUGGACCACUCCAGCUCGAGGCGUUGAAAGUGUGGUUCUACUCCCUAGCUGUUUCGAUACUACUCGGACUAUAUGAGCUGUCCACUUUGCCCAACUCCUCAAAUUCUGCUCUGGAGGCGAAGAAAGCGACAAAAUCGGCGGCCGCUAGCACUCCACCUGGCCAAGACGCAGUGCAAGCGAAACGGCAUGCGAUCUAUAAACAAUUAAUUGUUGACUUGAGCGAUAUUAUUGUUCCGGGGCAUGUGGCGGGCUGGUUCCCUGUUGAUACGGUGACGGUUGGGAUUGCUGGGAGCAUUAGUGGGCUGUUGGGGGCUCAUUCGGCUUGGGAGAGGGUGAAUGGACCUCUGUUUGGUUAG